UAAUUGUUUGUUUGUAUUUUAACUGGCUCCAUAGUGAUAAUAGUUUAAAUGAAAACAUCGCUUGUUCAAGAAUAAUCAUCCUCUCCAUUAUCGCUCUCCAGCUACAUUAUCGCUCCAUUAACUCUACAACUGAUCUCAACUCAAGUCAAAAAGUUUCGGUGAAACUCUUCCGACGACACGAUGGCUCUAAGAACAUUUGUACGGAAUCUGCAGAGCUGGACUGUAGGUGAGAUCGCUUGUGCUGCGGGUCUCGUCGCUUUCUCCGCCGGUGCGGGUUACUGCAUUUACCGCAGCCUACGGAGAGAAAGAGCUCCUCCGCACCACACGCAGCCUUGUCACGAGCCUGUGGAGGUGCUGAGAGAAUCAUUUGACACUCCUUCUGUACUCCAGGUCGUUGAGCCAAUUCUGCAGCUGCUGCCCACCGAACAUCAAGGCGGACCUUCAACCGUCAUUUUGCUGCUCGAUGCUGGUGAACUGAGCAGCGCUUGCUGCGAAGUUCAGUUCAUGUCUGCAGACGCCUCAUCCUCCCAGUCUGAGCCAGUGGACAUCAAUAGAGACGGGCUCGAAACCAUAGAGACGCACCACUCGACUCACAAAGUUGUUGAGCCACAUUUUAAUUUGCUGCCCAACGAACAACAAGAAGACCCAUCACCUGUUUUUCUGCCACUCGAUGCUGGUGAGCUGAUCAGUGGCUGCCGAAAUAUUCAGUUCCUCUCUACAGACACUUCCAUCUCCCAGUCUGAGUCAGUGAACAUCAGGACAUACCUCUUGUGGAUGAUAAGGGGCCCAGUGAGUCGUCUUUGCUGGUUUACAACCACAAAGACACAAUCCCUCAAUCACAUGGGAUUCCCUUAUUAUACCAGCAUAGAGGACUGUUUCACUGGCAUACAGGUUGAAUCUGGGAGGGUUACAGAAUUUAUUUCCUGUAACCGAGUGGAGAACGACUUCAUCGUGCCAAUUUAUUAUGUGCAAACCAUUAAACAGGUGACCUGCACAUACCUGUUUGUGGGUAAAGAUGGGCAAAUGGACACCUCCUCUUGGGAGAAGGAAGAGGUUCACUUUCCUUACGGGGAGAGUGAUGAGAGCCUUAACCCUGAGGAGAUGGAGGUGCCCUUUAUUUGCUGCCAUCUUUCAGACAGAGGGGUUACUGAUGUCGGCCUGAAGCUGCCCGCUCUCCGUGAAGCGUUCGCUACUCUGCUUGCCAGCAUCCACAACCAGAACUUCUUGUUCCUGGUUGGAAAGAAGAUCGUCAUGCGUCUGGCAGCGGCUAACAUCCAGGAUGUAGUUGGGGUGAAGUUGGCCUACGAGGCCUUGAUUAAAUUCCUGAGGACGCCUUCUUAUCAGGAUUCGAUUGCAGCUGAGAUCUCCUCCUUUGUCCCCCACUACAACUUCCUGGAUGUUUUUUUUGAGAUGAUUCUGUUCCGCCAUUUCAUAAGUGGCUCAACACUUGAGACAUUUAAGGGAGGAUUCGUGGAGCGCCUUCUCGAGCUCAUCAGCAUGUGGGAUGUGGACGUGUGGGAGCCUGCAGCAGAGCGGUACUUCAGAGUGCUUGUCGAUCACCUAACACAGCUCGCUGAAGUACUGUUCUCUCAGCCUCUGGAGCUUUACAGUGACCCAGCAGCCUUAGCCACCACAGUUCAGCAUCUCAUCAAGGAGCACGUCCAGCAGAUGAUGAACAUUUUGGAGAAGCUCUGAGCAAUGUCUUUCCUUUGCCACUUUAUUUUUUCCUCUUCUGUUUCAUUUUAUGUUCAUUCUUUUCACUCACUUCUUUUUUCCUACAUUGCUCAAGCUCUCCAUACGUAAGUAUGAAGGAAUUUUAUUUCCAUUUUUGAUUAAUAUUUUAAAAAUCUUUCUUUUUCCUGCAGGUUUAAACAGUGAACCCUAAGACUGAAGAAGGGCUUAACCCUAGGAUCCCUCAUCACUUAAUAAUCAUCCCAUUUCAAUCUAUCUCUCUAUUCCUAUCCCACUCCCCUAUUCCUAUAGAUAGUCAAUAUAUUAAUUUAAUAAUAUAUAAUAAUACAUAAUAAUAUAAUAAAAAUAUUUUUUGUAAAUAAACUUGACAUAUUUGUAAAUAAUUUUAAAUAUUUUUAAAUAAAAUAUUUACAUUUUA